GCAGCAGCCCCGGGCCAGAGAGGCCGACCUCGAGGAGGGCGCCCGCAAGCGCCGCCGCCACAUGCCGCUCGGGGAGCUGCUGGCCGGCGCCGCGGCGCUGGUGCUCGUGCUGGCGCUGGCGCACGCGAUGUUGUGCUGCGCCCUGGGCCCCAGCCGCGAGGAGGGCCCGGCCGCUUCCAGCGAGCACCGCCGCGCCAGGAAGGCGGCCGAGGCCGCCGCGCCCCGGCUGACGCCGUACGCGCCCUGGAGCCCCCGCGCCGCCCCGCCGGGCUCGGCCGUGAGCCUGGCGAGCAGCGGCCUGCUCUCCAGGUCCGCGAGCAUGGCCCGCGUCUCGGACGCGUCGCUGCUGCGGGGCGCUUGCGCGGCCAGCACGCUCUGCCCGCAGCUGGUGGUGCCCGAGAACUGCACGCUGCAGUGCGCGCUGCCGAGCAUCGUGUGCAAUCGGAGGCAGAACCUGGUCGUGAGCAUCAACAGCCUGGCGGUGCCCGGCGAGACGGCGCUUUUCCAGGCGCGCCUGGCUGAGGGCGACUCGGCAGACGUGUCGGGGGUGGGCAUCCACCUGGAGAUGCUGGGCGGGGAGGAGGAGUUCGCCUUCCUGUCCACGCAGGAGGUCUGGAACACCCAGGGGGGACGCGACCCGGAGAUGGAGAUCAGGAAGGCCUCGGGGGCGCAGUACGCGUCCAUCAGGAAGACCGAUCCCGCGACCUACAUUAUGGCGCGCGAGUCGGGCACGCUGAUGGUUUUCAGCGGCCGCUUCUCGGUGCACGAGGUGCAG